AUGUUUCGACGUUUGAGCAGCAGUCUGCCCAAAGACCCCAAGUUUCCUGCGGAUCUGGAGAAAUUGGGGUACUACAUCAACGAAAAAGACCAAAUCCGCUCCAUCGCCCACCCGGACGAAGAAUUCAACUUCUUCAUCAGCAAAAAUGAACGGGUCCGAGAGAUGCAGCGCGAAGCGUUUGAUACUUGCAUUCGCAGUGAGCUCAGUGCGCGCUUCGAGGCUUCCGGCCUCAACAUCACUCGACUUCCAUUGAACGUCGGUCUCUCAGAUCCACAUGUUCCCAUCCUCACCUCCUCUAAUCUCGCCACCGCAAAACGCUUAAUCGUCUACUUUGGUGAAUCAAUGCAGGAUCUCGGAAUCUUUGCCCAUCGUAUCAUAGCACAGGAUUCCAUUGCUUCCGGCUCUGCUUUGGACUUUGUCCAUGCUAUUCAAUCCAGAGAAUCAAAUGCGGGCACGGCAAUCGUCAUUGCCAAUCUCGGCCAGCUCGUGUGGUACCGUCGCGGCCAGCGUGCGAUGACGAUUACGAGUUGGAACGCAUUACCAAGAAAGACAGGCGUCAGUAAUCCAAUGAGGAUCGAUGCUGUCAAAAAUCGUGUACCCGGAAAUGGAAGCACAAAAGAGCAUGUCAAGAGCGUCUUCGAGGAGGUGCUGGUCAAGCUGGCGAGGCAAGAUGCUAUGAUCGAUCUGAUUGGGUUGGGGGAAGGGGCCGAGGAGGCGGUGGGAUACCUGGACCAGAAUUGGAAACACUGGGAGAGCAAAGUGAGGGCUAUCUGUGUGGGCGUGGGGUUUGUGUGGAGGGUCCAAGAUGACAUCCAUAACGAGAAGUUCAUAGAUUUUUGGGGAAAGCGUGCCCGUGCCUACCUGAUCCACAGUGUCCCAGUGGAGACGCCUCUUGCCGGUCGCCAGGAGCUCAGCUGUAAUUGCUUUUCCUCAGGCGAAUCUGCCUUCACCGAGUGCAUCAUGCCAAGGUCCCACCAGAGCAUGCUUGCAUUUUUCCAGCUUGUUAACGAUAUGCCUGGAUACUUUGAGGCAGAGCUGGACAUACCACAGGACGAGGAUGACAUGUCGAGGGUUGUCCGAUGGGAGACUGGAAUCCGUGCUGAAAGCCCCCGCGCUGCUUAA